ACCAUCCAGCACUUCACAACAUCUUGGAGAGAAAUGGGAAACCUUUGCUCCGGCGGCGAGUCCAUUCGAAAAAUGGAAACCGAAAUCGGCGAACUACGGAAUGACAUUGCGAGGCUGGCCAAAGAUAUAGAGGCUUCUGAUGGAAAUGCCGGCCGCGGAACUGCUGCUGGCGAUGGUAGUGGUAGCAGCCAUCAGGUAUCCGGUAAAACGGCAGCGGCAACGAAAAGGAGGAGCACGGUCGGGCAACAAGGUGGGCCCAGAGGUUCCAAGAACUACAAAUUGUUUGAGGAACAGGAGGGUAGGAGAAGGAGAGCAAUCAGCGAGAGGAGGGACAGGAGC